ACAUGUAUAAAUCGCACAUCAGGAAUCAUCGGAUUACAGAGGUAGCCUACUCCGCUUUACUAGUGCGCUCCUACCUGCCCUCGAUCUAUAUAGGCUACUAUUGCGUAUUGAAAUUGGAACCAUUUCCCCACACAACAACCAUUUCUACAAUGACAAUUAUCCUGCCAUUCGUUUUUUCCGCUGCCUUUUACAUGAUGGUCGGAUACUUUCAUUCUGCAUGCGCUGGAUCAGUGUUUCUCAACUCAAAUGCCAUCAAGAACAUACCUGGAGUGGCGGGUCCGAAUCACCCGGUCAGCGCGAGCCCUGACGAAUUUGCCUUUGACAGCGGGACCCAAAACCUGGCAAUUGAUACCGUACAGUCUUUGAGUUGCUCUGCCGAUGAGGAGUGCGGUGACCAUGGUUUCUGCUUGGAGUCCCGAGGUGCCUGUCUCCCAUGCAAGAAGCGCAGGAAGCGCUGUAUCCGGGACGCUGUGUGCUGCCCUGGCAACCAGUGCAGUAAUGGCCUGUGUUUGCCCAGCAAUCCUGAGAUCAUUCAGCACAUCGGAAUGCCAAUCUUCAAUACACAUGAGGAGAACUCUACAGUGGAACUGCACUCCAAAUUGCCCACACAAGAUCUUUCACAACCCAAAAGGUCUGGUAGGUGAGAACUGCCUGAGGUCUUCGGAUUGCACAGAGGGACUUUGCUGUGCACGCCAUUUUUGGUCCAAGAUCUGCAAGCCAGUGGUGAAAGACGGUCAGGUCUGCACAAAGCACCAAAGAAAAGGCACACAUGGUUUGGAGAUAUUCCAGCGAUGUGACUGUGGAGACGGUUUGUCCUGCAGAACACAGAGAGGGGAGCACAACAGCAAGGCAUCUCGAAGUCUGCACACUUGCCAAAGACAUUGAAUCAAUGAACUGUCAGCAGCAAUCCAUGGAUUUCCGUAGCUUUUCAGAAAUUCUAAACUAAAGGACUGGUGUGAUUUCUGACCAAUGGAAGUGGAGAGGAAGGAGUUUUCUAUUGGGACUGUUUUUUGUGUGGUUUUCAGAUUUUGUUCUUCAAAAAUGACAAGAGUAGUUGUGAUUGUUUCUCUAUGGAACUUGAGAUAUAUGAUUAUUACAGUAAAUUACUGUAUUGUACAUAACAUAUAGAUGAUGGCACUUAAUUAUUUUUAGUCACAACUAUUCGAAGAAGGUGCCCUAUUUACAUGUAUUAACUCUGAUUUAUACGAGUUUAUAUAAAUUCUGAUAUAAAUGUCUAUAUUUUUAUUUGAAAUAAAGAGUGUUACGAUAUUUAACCAUCUUAC